AUGGCCUCAGAAAAGCCCCUCCCCAAGGUCGCAAUCCUCUCCAUCGGCGACAUGGGCGGCGGCAUCGCCAGCCUGCUGCUGGCACACUCCUUCCCCGUGGCCACAAACGUGUCCAACCGGAGCAAGGAAACGCAGCAGCGCGCCGCCGACGCAGGAAUCACGACGCUGUUCAAGGACGACCUGGCGCUCGUCGACUGGGCCGACGUGGUGUUGUCCGUGGUCCCGCCCGCCGACGCCGCCGCCACGGCGCAGCGCGUCAUCGACGCCCUGGCCUUCUCCAAGACGCAUCAAACAGGCGACGACAGCAGCGGCAGCAGCACGCUGUACUACGCCGACAUGAACGCCGUCUCGCCCGCCACCUGCCGCGACGUGGCUGCCAUGUUCGCCCGGGCCCGCGCGCCCGUCGUCUUCAUAGACGGCUGCAUCCUCGGUGGGCCGCCCAAGCCGCCGCCGGCUGCUGCUGCUGCUGCUGAGGGGGACGAAGCACCGAAAAAGUGGAAGGUGCCGCUGUGCCCGACAUCUGGCCCCAGCAGUCUAGCCGACGUCCACCCGCUGUUGCAGUCCACGCUGAACGCGCGGCCCAUCUCGACGGAUGUGGGGGCCGCGUCCGGGCUCAAGAUGUGCUUUGCGUCGCUGUCCAAGGGCUUCUCGGCCAUCGCCGUGCAGGCCUUCACGACGGCGCACCGCCUGGGCGUGCUGGGGGACCUGAAAUCAGUGCUGGAGGAGCUGGCUCCGGCCAAGCUCAAGCAGGCCGAGGGUGCCAUCACCGGCAUGCCGCCCAAGGCCUACCGCUGGGUCAGGGAGAUGGAGGAGAUCAGCGACACCCACAGCGUCGACGGCGGCUUCGGACCCGAGCUCUUCGCGGGCGCCGCGGGUGUCUUUAGGGCCGUGGCUCAAGAUACCGUACUGGGGCAGGAGAAGAUUGAGAAUAGGAAGAGGGGGCUGACGGUGGAGGAUGUGGCUGAGGCCAUGAGUGAGGGUAUGGACAAGAAGAGGAAGAAGACGGAAUGA